AUGCCUACCAUACUAAUUUCCGGCGCUGCCUCUGGUCUAGGUCGCGCAUUCUUGGAUGCCUACUCAAGUGACAAGUCCAAUACUGUCCUAGUCAUUGACCGAGAGCAUGUCGAUCUUUCCGUAUACCAAGGACACCCAGCUACGAUCAAAUCAUACCUUGUCGAUGUGACCGAUGAGAAGUCGAUCAUUGAGUUUUCAGCUUCAAUAAGGAACACUGCAAUUGAUCUCUUUGUCCACAGUGUGGGUAUUCGUGGUUUGGUUCUUGCCGUCGAAACAGCUCAGCCCGGAUCUGUAGCUGCAGCCGAGACUAUGGAUGUCAUGGACUUGUCAACACUUGUGCACACAUUUCAAGUAAAUGCAGCUGGCACGUUUCUUCUCCUCCGCGCUCUUCUUCCGAAUUUGAAACAAGCGAGUGCGGCCAAAGUCAUCAUCAUGUCUUCACGCAUGGGAAGUGUAGGCUACAACACCACAGGAUCUGCAUACGCAUAUCGCGCAAGCAAGGCAGCCUUGAACUCAAUGAUCAAGAGCUUCAGUAUUGAUGUGCCUGAAGUCAUCUUCAUACUGUGCCACCCCGGUCGGGUAGAGUCAAGGCUGGUCAAGUACAAGGAAGAGGGUGCCAUCACAGCAGAAGAGAGUGUCAUUGGUCUGCUUCCACUCAUACAAGAUUGGAACACGAAAGACAGCGGCAGGUUCUAUGAUCGAUUUGGGCAAUCUAUCGAGUGA